AUUGAGUCAUUAGAAAAGAGAUGAAGCAGGGCUCUGAAUCCCAACCUCACACAGUGACUGCAGUGUAUGUCAAAGGAAGGACUGAUUGUGACGAGAAGUCAGACCAUGCUGAUUUGGUAAAGGAAGCAGAAAAGCUGUUGGAGAGCCGAGCUCAUGAUGGAGAUCAGCAGGCCUCUUUCCUUCUGGGACAGCUGUACUUUGAAGAAGGCUGCUACGAGGAGGCACUGCAACAGUUUGAAAAAAUCAAGGAAAAAGACCUUAAUGCUCUGUACCAGCUUGGUGUGAUGUAUUACGAUGGACUAGGCACAGAAGAAGACCAUAAAAAGGCAGUAGAUUAUAUGAACAAGAUUGCCAAAUGUGACACCCCAAAAGCGCAAACCAUUAAACAUGCUGCUCUGUACAACCUGGGUCGAGCACAUCUGGAAGGAUACAGUGUCAAACACUCCGAUGCAGAGGCAGAACGGUUGUGGCUUUUGGCUGCAGAUGAUGGAAACCCAAAAGCCAGCAUAAAAGCACAGUGUGCCCUGGGGAUGUUUUAUUCCAGACCACAUACAAUGGACCUAAAGAAGGCAUUCUUCUGGCAUUCUGAAGCCUGUGGCAAUGGAAGUCUCGAGUCCCAGGGUGCACUGGGUGUCAUGUACCUUAAAGGACAUGGCAUUCGCAAGGAUACUCUCUCUGCAUUCCUGUGCUUGAAAGAAGCCGCAGAGCGAGGGAAUGUCUAUGCACAGGGUCAUCUGGUGUCCUAUUACUACAACAACAAGUUGUACUCCAGAGCAACUGAGAUUGCCAAAAGGAUUUCAAAAUAUGAUGAUAUUCCAGCAAUAGCAAGGACCACAGAUUGUCUUCCACACUACGUAAAACAAGGGAUUGCCAUUGCACUUUUCUACUAUGCCAGGUGUUUGCAUCUGGGUUUGGGUGUACAGCAGAACAAGGAGGAAGCCAUGCAGUUCUACUCAAAGGCAUGUUGUCUUGAUACAGACAUUUUUGCUGAGCUGCAAGAUGAAGUUAUCUCUGGAAAGAUUUAGAAAAUGCCUCAUCCCAUCUGAACAUUUACAAACGAUUCUGCUGCGAAGACUUUUUUUGUUUUGUUUUUGUGACGGUACACAAUUAGGUUAAUGUUAUGCAUCUGUUGAAUGAUUUACUUACUACAUGAAUAAAAAUGUCAUUCCAGUGCCAUUGACUCAGUUCUUAAUGAGCCUGCUUGUUGAACAAGUCCUCUUUACAUUUAAAAGGUUCCUACUAAUAGGAGUAUAAAAACCUUGUAAAUCAUACUUCAAUUGAGAGUUUGAAAGUAACUUUGAUUACCAAUAUCUAAAGAGCUGCGUGCAACUGGAAUACUUUACCUUCAAAGAUGCUAUAAUGAAUGCAAAUUCCCUAAAUGUAUUGGCUGUUUGUUCCACUUAUGAAUUUCUUAUUAGUAUUGAAAUUGUUUGCAUUAAAGGUUCCUUUCAUUUAAACAGUAAUACUGGAGAUAUAUGUGCUGCAGACACGUUUUAGUAGUUAAAGCCAGAGAUUACACAGAAUCUGGGAAAUGCAGUGGAUUUUUAAUUUUUUUUUUUUUUUUUUUUUUAAUGCAAACUGUUUUUUGCAACCACAUAAAUUGUGCUUUUGAUUCUUGGAUGUUGUAUUAUGAUAAAUACAGUACUGUCAAUUAACUACAGAAAUAAUGGGGACAGAUAUGGGAUUAAAACAUUUUGAGAUACAAAUAAAGCCAGAUGUGAUGUUUUGCAUUUUGUCCUAACUGUAAUUCAGACCUAUGUAAUAUCACAUAAUAUGAAUCAACAUAAAUCAGCCAUGCUUAUAUAAAGGAAAUAGCCAAGCCUUACCCAGUCUUUGUUUUAUUUUCACCUUUUCACCUCUUUUUUUUUUUACAGUGGUGUUUGGUGAAGUGCCACCCGCUGCCAAAACAUGACCAUGUUCUGGUCUUUCUUGGUGUAUACACUGGGAAAUGAGUAGUACUUGUAAAAAAAAAUUCAAAAAUUGGAGCCUGGGUCCUGAAUAUGUAACUAGGCACAAGAGAUGGUCUGUAGAAUGCAUUACUAACGGUACAGCUUGAAAUCCCUGCAGGGUUUUAUUUCAAACAGAGGGUUGUGGAGACAUGGUAAACAAAGGAAGAGCAAGCAAGAAACUUAAUGGAAGGUAGGUUAGAUGUCAUUACAACACAUUUGAUGUACAUUAGGCAGAAUCUGAUUAUAGUAGCUGAUGAACGCACAGGGUUACAAGGUUUACAGCACAACGUAUGCAAAUAUGUUAAGUCUGAAAUUUGCUGUUUAUUAUUUUAUACUGACCAUAUCACCAGUUUAAGGGUGAAUCAUACAGCGCAAGUUCGCAUCCUGGCUGUGUGAAGUAGGCCUGUUUUCGCUGGGGACCAAAGGGAGCGUUGCAUUGGCUCUGGUGCUCCUGUGGGUUAGGGGGGCAAAAUCGGAAAGGACUGUUCCUUCUCACCGCACUACAGCAAACCUUGCUGGCCAGGCGCCCAGUGAACGCAAAGGCAGACACCUGCAGGGCUGACCUUAGACCUCCGGAGGUCGGUAGC